GUCGUGAAGCUCUCGGCCUCCACUGUGUAUUGCUUGCUUGCCAAUGCGGCCUUGCUAAAUGUGCGAGGCUUCGUUGAUUUGCAGAAGCUGUACCUGUCCUCGGCAAAGGCGGCGCCGCAGAAAAUCUUGUGCCUUCUUGCCUAUUUCUAUUGUGGCUCGGAGGUCAAGGCGGCAUGUGACCGCGAAGUCGUCUUUGAAAAAGCCAUGUCCUCCCGAGAAUCCAUUCGGAGAUAUCUUCCAGAUCCUACCAGUCCACCGCCAGUGGAUGCCAAAGAAACUGAAGGUCAAGUCGGGAGUCCGCAGAUGCAGAGCGAACUGCAGGAGCAGGCUGAGCAGGCAGACAGCUGGGCUGACGAAGAGUCCGGAGGAGAAGGCGAGAGCCUUCCUGAUGUUACCUUCACCAGCGAUUUUGCCACGUCGCUGGAUGGCAGCCAAGGAGCCAUCAUUCUGCUGAGCAGUGCCGGCAGCUUUGGAGCUGUCGCUGACGUGAAGACGCCUCCCGAGGAGGUGCCUCUGUGGGAGAUGCCGGAGUUGCUGUGUUCCAAGUUGGUUCUUGGAAGCUUGCCGCUCGCUGACGGCGAGGUGGUGGUGGUCCGGAGUGUCCGGCGCUGGAACUCCUGCAUGACGGACGGGCCACUUCUGCAUCUGGCAGAGGACCGGCCUCCGGAGACCCUGUUGGACAUUGCAGUUAUGGACAUCCAACGCCACAUCGACGACAGGCGCUUUGCCAUUGAGUCGUUGCGGCACGACUCGGCCAAGUGGUCCAGCUGCUUCAGGCACUUGGCAAAGGACAUCGUUGCGGUCAGCCAUCCCCCGCUCAUCGGUGUGGACAGGCAUUGGUCUUACGCCAUGCAGUUGCUGGCUGCAGGACAUUGCCAAGUCAGCGGCAGUGUCACCAAGCCGAAGCUGCGCUACGCACUCAGCACGGAGGGCUACGCGACUGCGGCUGCUUCCACAGAACUGUCUCCCGCGCAGGUGAAAGAAGCCAAGCACCUAGAGGCGCUCACGGGUCGCAUGGUGAGUUGGACACCGCGAGACCUUAUUCGUCUUCUGGCCUUGUUUCCUUUUGCUCGCGCCGGCGAUGCAAAGUUCCAUGCUUUCUGGACGCAGAGACUGCGAGACAAGACACUCGGAAAUGGUGGGCGUCCGCAAAAAUCCGAAGUG